GCCUAUCUCACAAGUCAUUGACAGUUAGUUAAAGAGGGAGUGUUCUUUAGGAUUUUUACAUCUGUUGCAGGAAACAUUCAGAGAAAAGACAUCCAAGUUUGCCUCAAGGAGCAUUUGACAUCGUAGCUGUCUUGCAACUUGAAAAUGAGACACUGUGUAAUAACAUCGCUCCAAUGGGAUGUGUGUAAAAUCCUCGCAUUUAUCGUUUUUACUGUAGAAGCCUUUCCCCAGACAGAGCUAAAACUCAGCCAAGCAUUCACAGAUUUUAGCCAGCCAUUAUCCUGCCCACUGUUUUGGACAGAAUACAACGGUAAUUGCUACAGAUUCUUCCCGAUGAAUAAAACUUGGGCCGAAGCAGACUUUUACUGUGCAGAGUUUUCGCUUGGCAGGACAACCGGGAAAUUAGUUUCUAUACACAGCUGGGAUGAAAAUGUUUUUGUGUUUGACCUGGUGAAUAGCCAAGUGUCAGGAGCACCCACCGAUAUUUGGAUUGGAUUAAGUGACAGGCGGCAGGAAGGUGAGUUCGAAUGGACAGAUGGGACACAUCACGACUACAAUUACUGGGAUGGAAAUCAGCCAGAUGACGGAACCAACAGUAAGUCUGAGGAUGAAGACUGCGUCCAGAUGUGGUACAGAUAUUAUAGUGCCUUGCGUUCUUGGAAUGACAACAGUUGCAGUCGUGAAUUCCCUUUUGUCUGCAAGAUAUCCUUUCCCACAAACAUGUGAUAAUGCGAUUGUUCGUGUAUAGAUCAUAACAUGUAAACCUUACAGAAUUAUAUAAUUCAAAAUCUACUUUGUCUACAUACCAUGAAAAAUGUUGUUGGCUAGUUAAAUGUUUAGCUUAUGAGUGUUGCUAGCCUAUGCAUUUAUGUAUAUAUAUAUAUAUAUAUAUAUAUUGCCCUGCCCAGAACUGAAAACACAUAGGACACCAUGUGAAACUCCAAGAUAAAAUGUACAGGUCUGCACAACUGAUUGAUGGAGUUACUGUGGCAAUGGUGAUUUCAGCAGCACAAUAAGCAUUCAUCGAAAUCCUGAACUACUACUAUUUUUAAAGGGACAUUUUAGGCACCAAAAGAACUUAAUCUUUAUGACGUGAUUGCGAUACACAAAUGCUGCCUUUUCUUUUAGAGAACGGAAAACAUUGCCGUUUUAGUGAAACAGCAAUGUUUACAAUUAUAUGAUAUUAAGCCUCUAAUGGCUGUCACACAGACAACAAAUUUCCCUUUAUGAGGUUCCUGCAAAAUACAAGGUCUUUAUAUUCAGAUUCAUCACGUCCAGCACGAUGAUAGUGAACUCUCUUAAUGCUUCUUCUAGCUAAACAUUGGAUUCAGUGCUUCUCUAUGAGAAACAUCUUAUUGGCAGAGCGCAGAGAUUACCACGCAUGUGCCCUCUGUCCUCAGUGCCUCUCUACGAGAAACAUUGAAUUGAACAUAGUUCAUUAUUAUUGAUGAAUUCACGGGAAGGGGACAAACUGCACUGUGUGGAAUUGAUUUUAUUGGCAUUUAUAAAUAAAAUAAAAA